UUGCACACAGAUGCAUAUUUACGAAUGUUUACGCGAGUGAUGUAUAAAGUUGAUUCACGCAAUUAUAAGUUUCAAUCAUAAUUUUUAAUAAAUUCUUAUAUAAAACUAAACACAAGUGAUGUAAAUAGAAUAUAAUAGUUGUGGAAGGACCAAGCGUACUAUCAUCACGUUUUUGAUUAUAACCUUAACAGUGAAAACAAAUGUUCAUUUGAAUCCUUUUUUCAUAAAUUUUUAAUAAUGUUUACCAACAUACGAAAGCGUGUAUUUAAUUAUGCCGUCGUUGAUAUAAAAGGCACCAUACGGAAGUAUGCCAUACCAGUGAGUGCUAAAUCUAAUGAAACAGAAGGACCAAUUUAUUCGCCAAUAUUAGAUGUUUCUAACAGUGCUGUACGGAGAAGACAAAAGGAGGAAUGGCAUAAUAAAAUUAAAAAAUUAGAAACUGUGGAAGAAAAGCUGUUUGGUAUUAAUAUGCCACGUUAUUACGGAUGGCGAUGUUUACAUUUGACAGAAGAAUCCAUUCCAUAUAAUGCAUUACAUCACGCACAAUAUAUUACAAGAACUCAUGUUAUGAAUGAACAUAAAUUACCUGAUUUCUAUGAUAACUUAAUUAUAUCUGAACAAUUAGACGCUAUAGUCCAAAGCUUGAAAAAGCCCAUAGAGGAUGCUAUUAUUUUUGAACAUUGUAGCAGAUUGAGGAAACAUGAAAUAACAAAGACAAUAAAUAGUGAGAAGGAGAUGCACAAUCUUAUUGCUAAAUCAGUUGCUUAUCAAAUUAAUAGAAUAAUAUUAAGUACCCUAGCUUCGUUGUUUCCACAUUUAAUGGAAGUUGAAGUAGAUUUUGAACCAAGAAAAGAAGCAUUUUGGUUCAUAGGUGGUAUAGAUCCUCCCGAAAUACUAAGGAAAAUGAGAGCAGGUUCUAAAUUCACUAAAGAUAUAGUAGAUAAUCCAGUCGAUUUGCCAGUUCAGUAUUUUGGUUCUCCAAUAUUGCAAUUAAGGCACAGAAUUCCUUUGAAAGAAAUUAUUCCUUUAAGUGAAUUUGCAAAUAUAGAUUGCAAUAUUCCCAAAUUCAAGUUAGAUCCUAGAGUACUGGGGUAUAAAUUGUUGCAUUAUCAUGGCACCAAUAUACCUGGUUUCUGGCCUGGUGAUCCAGCAGAAUUUGGUUUAUUAUCUUAUCAGAAUUCUGCUCAUUUACUACACAGAAAUAAGGCUUAUAAUGAUGAGCAAGAUGCACUUACAGUGCAAGCUAUAUUUGCUUCUUACAGUUGGCUGUUGUCUCAGGCUUGUUAUCAAGGUUUUUCUACAUUCAAUGAUAUUACAUAUCCAUUAGUAACACAAACUGUUAUAACAGAUGGACAGUCAUUGUCAUUCUGUUCUUACCAACUGAAUACAACAUUAUUACAUUCAGAACAUGCAGAUGUGAAUCCUAUGUGUAAUGUAUGCUGGAUAACAGAACCCAAAAAACUGUUUGAUGCAGUGGAGAAUGAGAAAAUUCAUGGCUUCAACGAAGAUGUUUUAAAAACAUUGAUAAAAUUUUAUAUUAACAAGCCAGAAGAAAGGAUGGGAGUAAAUCUGAAGCCUUAUUUAGGAGAAUCUGUAAAACACAUUGCUGAUAUUCCGGAUGACGAGCGGAGAACUUGGCUAGAACAACAUUUCAAACAUCUUAUGUCUAACAGGCCGAGAAAUAUCCCACUGCCAGAAGUAGCUGAUUGGCAAUGGAUUUAUAAGAUUCAUCAUAAAACCCGACCCAUGGAUAAGAAACGCGAUCCAUGGGAGUUCGGUUUCAAGCCAUCGAAACGAAGACUCAACUUUCAUUCACCAGCUUAUAUACCAAGAUGUCUUAGAGAAAAUCCGAAAAAAAGACAUAUAGGGCGACGGGCGAAAACGUAUUAUCCUGACGCAUAAAUUAUCUAGUUGAUGUAAAAAUAAAAUAGUAAAAUACAGUUAGUU